GAAAGAGAGAGGGGGAGAGAGCAUUAACAAUCUCAUCCGUUGAAGCAAGAGCCUAAAACAAUUUGUUUCUCUCUCACCUUUUUUGGCUUUCUUGCUUUAGGAAAGAAGGGGACCUAUCUUGACGCCUAACAUCUUCAUUGAGAGAGAGAGAACUUAUUGAAACACAACCAUUUUACCAUAUUUCAAUCUCUAUCAACAAUUCUCCUUUGAGCACCUAAAUUCUCCUUUCAGCAUAUAAAUUUAUUGAUAGAAGUUUUGUGUUUUGUUUCUUGCCCAUUUUCAAUCAUGCAUCAAGGAUGAAGAAAAUGGGCCUAAAAUCAAACAAAGACCAAAAUUUAUAUUCCACAUGUUGAGAGUAAUGAAACCUGUCUCUCUAUUCCAUAGCCUAUUCUUCUUAAGAAGUUAUAAAAUCCACCAAUAUCAUCAGCAAUGAAUCUCACCCCAAGAUGCUACGUAUGGGUCAUUGCAAUAUUCCUUUUCACAUGCAUCCUUUCUGGAGGCACCUUCUUGGUGCUCUACAUGAUCACCCAACCUGAAACUCCUACCACAUCUUGGUAUCCCACCAUUGGCAUUUCUCUAGUUUGUCUACCUUGGUUCUUUUGGGUUCUCACAGUACUUUAUCGAAUUCUCUCUCGAUCCCUUGGUUUUAGGAUGGUUUGUUGGGGGAAGAGCAUGCUUCCUACCGAUAGCAUGCGUAAUGGUGAUGGUAGCAAUGCUGAAGUUGUUGAUGAUGGUGGUGACUUAGAGGAAGGUAACACAAAUGACGCCACAAUUAAUGAUUCUUCACAGGGAGAAGGCUCAAGGCAAGUUCAUUUCGGAGAGGUAAAGGUUUUAGGCGAGCAACAUGGUAACAACCAGGCCAAUGAUGCAUCCUAUGGAGGCUCAUUAUCAUCUAAGGCUUCUCAUGAGAGCGAAAUGCCAUUGAAGUUGUCGAUGGCAUCAUGAUCAAAGAAAUUGGGUGAGAUUUGUAUCUUAUGCAUCCGCAGCUUGGCAAAAUCAAUCAUGCAAAGAGAAUUUUGGAAGCCAUGUAAAUGAUGCGGUUAAGGAUUUCGAGUAUGAUCCUUGCUAUGAAUUGUAAAAAUAUUCGGCACCAUAGGUACAUAAAAUUUUAUCAAAUAGUGUAGAAACAAUUGUUAUGGCGGUUCAUGUUAGCCGAUCUCAAAUCAUUUUGGUACUAAGACUUUAUUGUUGUUAUUAUUGUUGUUGUAUAUAAAAAGUUUGGCUUGAUCUCC